GGCGCUUCCGCGGCGGCGGCGGAGGGAGCGGAGCGGGACGGGGGGAACGCGGUCGGUGCCCGGCCCUCCGUGCCCGCGGCAGCCAUGGACGUGACCGGGCCCGAGACCGACUGGCGCAGCACCAACUUCCGGCAGAAGCUCGUCAGCCAGAUUGAUGAAGCUAUGAGGAAAGCUGGUGUUGCCCAUAAUAAAUCCAGCAAAGAUAUGGAGAGUCAUGUGUUUAUGAAGGCCAAAACAAGGGAGGAAUAUCUUUCUCUUGUGGCCAGACUCAUUAUCCAUUUUCGAGAUAUCCACAAUAAGAAAUCUCAAGCCUCAGUCAGUGAUCCGAUGAAUGCCCUGCAGAAUCUAACUGGGGGUCCCGCAGCAGGGGCGCCUGGGAUGGGCAUGGCUUCCCGGGCUCAAGGAGCACCCAUGAGUGGGAUGAGUGGCCUUGGUCCAAUGGGACAACAGAUGAGUCUCCCAGGGCAGCAGCAGCCUCCUGGAACCUCGGGAAUGGCCCCUCAUGGUAUGCCUGGUGUCUCUACAGCUACUCAGCAGAACCAACUUCAGCUCCAGCAGAUUGCCCAGCAGCAACAGCAGCAGCAGCAGCAAUUCCAGCAGCAGCAGGUGGCUUUGCAGCAGCAGCAGUUCCAGGCCCAGCAGUCAGCCAUGCAGCAGCAGUUCCAGGUCCAACAGCAGCAGGCAGCGGCCGCUGCGGUGGCACAGCAGCAGCAGCAGCAACAGCAGCAGUUGCAAGCUGUCCAGCAGCAGCAGCAGCACAUGCUGAAACUGCAGAUGCAGCAGCAGCAAAACCAACAGCAGCAGCAGCAACAACUGCAGCGGAUUGCCCAAAUGCAGCAGCUGCAGGCACAGGCUAUACAGGCACAACAGCAGCAGCAACAGCAGCAGCAGCAGCAGCAACAAAUACCACCACAACAGAUACAGCAGCAGCCACCUCAACAAGUCAUGCAACAGCAGAUACAACAGAUGCAGCAGCAGCAACAACAGCAGCAACAGCAGCAGCAGCAACAACAACAACAGGUUGCUCAGGCACAACAGUCUCAACUUCCACCACAAUCCCAGCCUCAGCCCCAGCCCAUGGUAUCUCAGCCACAGGCAAUCUCAGGACAAAUUCCCAGUCAGGUUAUGCCUGUUACUCUUACACCACAGCAGUUAAAAGCCAUGCAGGUAAGAGCUCAGCUGGUGCAGCAGCAGCAGCAGCAGGCAGCGGCAGCAGUGCAGGCAGCUCAGGCCCAGGCUGCUCAGAUGGGAGCUUCAGGGCAGAUGAUCACCGCACCUAUGGCCCGAGGUGGGAUGCAAAUCAGACCACGGUUCCCGCCUACCACCGCUGUGUCUGCUACAGCACCAAGCUCCAUUCCCUUGGGCGGACAGCAAAUGCCACAGGUCAGCCAGAACAAUAUUACCAUGAUGUCAUCCCCAUCUCCUGUCCAACAAGCUCAAACACCCCAGUCAAUGCCUCCACCACCACAGCCACAGCCCUCACCUCAGCCAGGCCAGCCCACUUCUCAGCCAAAUUCAAAUGUCAGUUCUGGCCCUGCUCCCUCACCCAGCAGCUUUCUCCCCAGUCCAUCUCCACAACCAUCCCAGAGCCCAGCAGCUGCACGAACACCUCAGAACUUCAGUGUCCCAUCCCCAGGUCCUCUAAACACUCCAGGAAAUCCAAAUUCUGUUAUGAGUCCAGCCAGUUCUGGUCAGUCAGAGGAGCAACAGUAUCUGGAAAAACUCAAACAGCUGUCAAAGUACAUUGAGCCACUCCGGAGGAUGAUCAAUAAAAUAGAUAAAAAUGAAGACAGGAAGAAGGACCUGAGUAAAAUGAAGAGUCUCUUGGAUAUUCUGACUGACCCUUCAAAACGGUGCCCCCUGAAGACGCUGCAGAAAUGCGAAAUUGCUCUGGAGAAGCUGAAAAAUGAUAUGGCUGUGCCUACUCCACCACCUCCCCCAGUGCCCCCAACCAAACAGCAGUACUUGUGUCAGCCACUGCUGGAUGCUGUUUUGGCCAACAUCCGUUCCCCAGUGUUCAACCAUUCCCUGUACCGAACGUUUAUGCCGGCCAUGACCGCAAUCCAUGGACCGCCCAUCACGGCCCCAGUUGCUUCCCCUCGAAAACGGAAAUAUGAAGAGGAUGAAAGGCAGACCAUUCCAAAUGUCUUACAAGGAGAAGUUGCAAGAUUAAAUCCUAAAUUCUUGGUGAACCUGGACCCUUCCCACUGCAGCAAUAAUGGCACAGUUCAUCUCAUAUGCAAGCUAGAUGACAAGAAUCUUCCAAAUGUCCCACCACUCCAGCUCAGCGUUCCAGCAGAUUAUCCAGAUCAGAGCCCUCUGUGGAUAAAAAACCCCAGACAGUAUGCAGCCAACCCCUUUUUGCAGUCAGUGUAUCGAUACAUGACUUCAAAACUAUUACAACUUCCAGACAAGCAUUCAGUCACAGCACUCUUGAACACCUGGGCACAAAGCAUUCGCCAGGCCUGCCUCUCUGCUGCGUAACAGCUCACUUUCUAAAUCAUGAAGCAAGAAAAAAGGUCUCAACAGCUGGCCUCUUCCACAUGCCACUGGAAUUCCACAGUUCGGGGAGGUUACUUCAGAAGAAAGAAGCCUUAUGUUGUUUUGUUUCUAGGUGUCAGGUUCAGUAGAGAGCCUGAUGUUAGACUUAGCCUUCAUGCUUUUUAUCUUCUGCCUCAGUGGACUUUUGCCAGCAUUCUCAAAUAUACAAAAUGUGUAUAUAUGGUUCUUGAGACUGUAUUUCAGAUGAGUUUUUAUUGUCUUCUUAGAGAAGAAAUUAUUUGUGGACUUCCAUCAGGGAGUCUGGUAUAAGAGGGAGUAGGGAGGAAAUGUCCUAAUUUGCUUCAAAGUUUGCUCAGUGCCAGUAUUCCUUUCACACUGUAUGUUUUGUGACCUCAUACUGCCCCAGAAAUAAAUUAGCUCCAACUAGAA